AUGGAUUUGGGAAAGGCAAAGCUGCUGAGAACCGGCCUCAAUGCUUUAUAUCAAGCUAUCCACCCUGUGCAUGGAAUUGCCUGGACAGAUGGGAAGCAAGUGAUACUGACUACUUUAUACUAUCAAAAUGGAGAGCUGAAGUUUGGAGACUCAAACAUUCUUGGUCAAUUUGAACAUGUGCAUGGGCUUUACUGGGGCCCAUAUUGCUCUACAGACAUCCCAGCUCUGCUCGCCGUUCAGCACAAAAAGCACGUAAGCAUUUGGCAGCUGGUCUACAGCAGUGCAGAGAAGAAAAAGCCCUUGAUUUCUCAGACUUGUGAGGUUGGUGAGCCAUUUCCACUGCUUUCUCAGGGCUGUGUCUGGCAUCCUAAGAAGGAGGUCCUGGCUGUGCUUACAAAAAGAGAUGCUUCAGUCCUGCACGCCGUUCGUACUGACAAUACGCGGGUUAAGGCAGAGAUCAAAAGCAGCGGACUCAUCCACUGUGCUUGCUGGACUAAGGAUGGUAAUCGUUUAGUAGUUGCUAUAGGCAGUACCCUGCACUCCUACAUAUGGGAUAAUGCUCAGAAAACUCUAAAUAUCUGCUCCUUUUGCCCAGUUUUUGAUGUGGGAGGUUAUAUCUGCGCUAUAGAAGCCACUCUGGAUUUCCAAAUUGCUGUAGCUACUGAGCUUCCUUUAGAUAACAUCUGUGGUAUCAAUGCAGGCAUUGCAUUUGAUGUGCCCUCUGGUACAGAAGCUGGUUCUUUAAUCUCACAGUCUGCUUUGGUGCUUGGUGACGAGGAAUACUCCAUGGACACACGAAGAAAGUCCAUAGAUUCAGAUAGAUCAGGUGUUGAUUCAGUUGCCUCUUCUUCAUCAGGUCCUGUGGAUUUGACCCAUAUCCUUGCAAACCACCGUCGGUCUGAUCCCAGUCCUCUCAUUACUCUGAAACGCAAAGACUCUGCAGCAACAAAUGGUCAAGAUUCUUCUCACUUGAUCUUGGUGACUUUUGAGAGGAAGGUAACAACCACCAGAAAAGUCAGCAUCCCAGGUAUUUUGGUUCCUGAUAUAAUGGCUUUUGAUCUUAGAGCUCAGAUUGUGGCAGUAGCCUCUAAUACUUCUAAUAUUGUUCUGGUGUAUUCAGUAACCUCUUCCUCCAUGCCUCACAUUCAACAAAUCCAGCUGGAAAAAAAUGAAAGACCAAAGGGCCUAUGCUUUUUAACAGAUAAACUCUUAUUGAUUCUGAUUGGCAAGCAGAGGUUCCCUGAUUCUAAUCUCAUUCCAUCUUCAAGUUCAGACAGGUACGUAAUGCGUCUUAUGGUCAAAGAAUUGAUGCUGGAAGAAAAUUCUUCAGCAUUGCCUGAGACUAAGCAGAAUAUGUUUUAUAACUUUGAAUCCUCUGUUAAUAUACCUGGGAGAAGAAAAUUCUUUGAGAACCUUGCCACAGAAGACCAACCUCAAAGCAGGGAGUUGUUAAUACCAAGAAGCACAGUUAUUCAGUCUCCAAGUGGCAGGAGAAGACUCAUUGAAGAAGUAAAGAGCCCUAGUUAUGAGCAGAGCUCUUCAUCAAGUGUGAGUGACCUGGAUGAAAAAAGGCUCCCAGGUGACUCCUCGGUGGCCUUGGAAACAUUGGAUGCUGAACCUAUGAAUCGCUCAGUGUCUCUUCGUGGUUUUGGAUCACCCAGCAGGAUUUCCAGCAGACCAACAUCCCCUAAAGUGCAGUUCAAUGUGAUCCAAGAAGCAUCGAAUUCUCCUAAAAACAACAAUUUGCCAAGUGAAAGGGGAAUGAGUCACAUAUCUAGAAAUUUAGAGAGACUUUGUGGCAGUUUCAAUGAGUUACAGCUGAGCCUUUCUGAAAUAACAGACUUGGCUAGGAAUGGCAGGAGGAUUUCUUUAGCCUACCCGUGUUCCCAGGAACCGCCUGUCGUGCAUGUCACCUACCAGAAAAGCUUUUCAAAUGGAUCAGUUACUGAAGAAACAAAAGAUGUUCUCCUCUGUGAUGGCAAGAUCCAUUUGAGUUUAGUCCAGCAGCUGUUUGAUCUGCCUGUUAUUGAAAUGAAACACGGCUCUUCUUGGAUUGUGCUCACUGCAGACAAGGACGGCUUUGUGCCAUUAAUAUUCAAAGCCACACAAGAGAUAAUCAUAAGGGAUGGAACUGACAGUUCAGAAGUCUGUGGAGGUCACUCCUACAAAAAAAGCAUCCCAAUGCGACCACCAAGCAGAGUGACAUAA